AUGCCACUUGAAGCAGAUUUCGAGUUCCUCCCCUUAGGAGCCAUCAUCCAAACAUUCCUGGUUCCCACCAAAGACAAAUCCUUAAACAUCGUCCAAUCAUUUCCUACUGCGGAGCUCUACCAAAAACACAAUCAACCAUUCUUCGGUGAAACGAUUGGAAGAGUAGCAAAUCGGAUCUCUAAUGCGAAAAUUAAUUCCUUGAAUGAGAAAUCGUAUGAUCUUGCGCAGAAUAAUGGAGGGAAUGCGUUGCAUGGGGGAGUAAAGGGAUGGGGUAAACGGAUUUGGCAAGGUCCAAAAUUGGUGGGUGUGAGGGAGAUUGCCGGGGUUGAGGGAUUGGAGGGGGGGGAGAGUGUGGAGUUCAGGUUGAGGGAUGAGGAUGGGGAGGAGGGAUAUCCCGGGACGUUGGAUGUUAGUGUGGUUUAUACGACGGGUAAAGAGAGGGUUGGUGGGAAGGAGAUUAGGGUGUUGGGUAUGGAAUAUGAGGUUAGGUUGGUGGAUGAUGGAAAAGGGGUGGAGGAGACGGUUGUUAAUGUUACAAACCAUUCGUACUUCAACCUUGGUGGAAAAUCGACAAUUGAGGGCACGCAAGUUACAUUGUGCACAAAUGACUAUCUACCGGUAGACGAUGGAGGAAUUCCUAUUUCUGGACCAAAAGCAUAUGAGAGCAUUACACCCAACAAGGAAUUCACAUUAGGACCCCAGGAACCCAAUGUUGAUGAUUGCUUCAUCGUCGAUGCGAAAUCCGAGGCAAUUCCUCUCGAUACACGAUCUUUACCUCUCACUACCUUGGUAAAAGCUUUUCAUCCUGAUACUGGUAUCCAUCUAGAAGUUCUGAGCACAGAACCUGCAUUCCAGUUUUAUACUGGAAAAUACAUCGAUGUACCAGCGGUUGAGGGAUUGGAAGCUAGGGGGGCAAGAAGUGGUUUCUGUGUUGAGCCGAGUCGGUAUGUUAAUGCGAUUAAUGAGAAUCAAUGGAGGGGACAAGUCUUGCUGAAGAAGGGAGAGGUCUAUGGAAGUAGGAUUGUUUAUAAGGGUUGGUCUGAAUAA